AUGAAUGCUGACACAGAGAAACAGACCGCAGCGUCGGAGGUUGAGGCGCAGCCUACCUCCAACCCCGGGCCUGUUUACGAUGUCGACAAGAAGGUCGACUACGACAGAGUCGGCGCUCUGGAGGCUGAGCAGGUCGAACAUAAUAUGACUGUGCCCCAGGCUGUCAUGGCCUAUCCCGCUGCCAGCUGGUCCCAUUACCAGUUGGAUUGGAUAUCGAUGGGCAACUAUCGGCGGUCUCAUGGCCUUGAACGCCUUCAUCCUCAUCUUCUAUUUCGGCAACAGCAGGGGAUGUUUUUCGCGUCUCAGAUCAUGGAAGGCAUCCCGUGGGGCAUUUUUAUCGCUAAUGCACCCGCCUACUGUGCUGAGAUCGUGCCGAUGAGAUUGAGAGCUCCAGCGACGCAGAUGUUGCAGAUGUUCUGGGCGAUUGGGUCGAUCAUAGUCGGCGGGAUCACAUACCACUACCAAUCCAAGUCUGAUUCCUCAGCGUACAGGGUUCCCAUUGCACUCCAGUGGAUGUUCCCUACCCCCCUCGCUAUCCUACUCUUCAUUGCGCCUGAAUCCCCUUGGUGGCUCGUCCGAAAAGGCCGUCUGGCCGAGGCUGAGAAGGCUGUCAAACGACUUGGACGUGCGAGUGCAACUGAUAAUCCGGCUGCCGCAGUGGCAAUGAUGCGUCGCACGAUCGAACUCGAGGCAACCGAGAAGAAGCCCAGUCUCAUUGAACUGUGGAAGGGUACCGAUCUCUACCGCACAUUGAUUGUGUGUGGUGUGUAUGCAUCGCAGAACCUGACAGGCAAUCUGAUUGCAAACCAAGCGGUGUACUUUUUCAAACAGGCCGGCAUGGCAGACAACACCGCCUUUGCACUUGGUCUCAUCACUUCUGCCCUCCAGAUGAUCAUGGUCAUGCUCUCUUGGAUCCUCACCUCUUACCUGGGUCGACGCACCAUCUAUGUCUAUGGCCAAUUCAUCAAUUGUGCAUUCUUGGUCGCGCUCGGUAUCGCGGCUUCAGUUGGCAGUAGUACCGCGGCUAGCAAUGCGCAAGCAUCACUUGGCUUGAUCGUCUCCGUCCUGUUCUGCUUGGGACCCGCCCCUGCCUCAUGGGUCAUCAUCGGUGAGACAGCUUCCGUUCGUCUCAGGCCACUGACAACGGGUGUUGGACGAGGUGCCUACUACUUGGUCAAUAUUCCUUGCAUAUUCCUUUCCAGCUAUAUGCUCAACGAUGAUAAGUGGCACCUGGGUGGCAAGAGCGGCUACGUCUGGGCUGGCACCGCCUUUAUCUGCACCGCCAUGGCUUGGCUCUGGGUUCCAGAGAUGAAGAACAGGUCCUUCCGUGAGAUCGACAUUCUGUUCCGGCGUCAUGUCCCAGCUCGGAAAUGGAAGCAGACAGUCGUCGAUCUCCACGAUGAUGAGUAG